AUGGCCGAGCCUCCCCGCCCGUCGCAGAGGGCCAGGCCGUCAUCGGCCGCGUCCACGGCGCGCCCGCGCCCGACGGCGAGCCCAUGCGCAGCGGGAGAGCCCGCCUCGCCCCAGCAGGAGCCCCCGAUGGUCACCAUCACAAAGGAGGAGUACGACAGGCUGCACGCCGUGGCAGCCAGCAGCGGGAUCAGGGAGCAGCAGGAGCCCGCACCGCGCCUGCUGGCUGGCCCCAAGUGGGGCAGGCGCCAUCGCCCCGCCGACGCCGUGGACAGCGCCGCCCCGCCCGCCUGCGCCCCGUGGCCGAAGGCGAAGCCGAUGCCAGGUCGACGGACUGGAGGCGGCCAGAGUGGCACGGCCAGUGCCACGGCGACAGAAGACAGUUUUGUGGCGACACCACCGAAGCCGAAGUGGGCUAGUGGAGAUGGCCGUGAGGACAGCAAGCCGACGGAGGAGCACGACACGGGCGGCGCAGCCGAGUACUGCGAGUACGACGGGGUGGCGGCGCAGCCGAGUACUGCGAGUACGACUGGCGACUGUGGCGGCGAGGUCGAGCCGAACGUUGGCGACGCGUACGACGACCACGGCUGGGACGAGGGCGGCACAUCCCACAAGCGCCGUCGUCAGCACAGCAUGGACGACGAUGCCAAGGUGCCGUGGCUCAAACAGCAGCUCAGCAAGGUGGAGGAGUUGCUCAGCGAUGCGGGCGUCAUCGUCAUGAAGGCGGUGCAGCACGCAGGCGAGGAGCACGUGGCCCCAGUGCUGCUGGAAGACGAAGUGUCGGGGAUUCCACCUACCGUUCGGACGGAGAAGAUGAAGCGAGGUGGACGACACGUCAGGAUCGCGAGGCUCAUGGCCAAGCAUGUUGCCAAUGGUGGCGACCUGAAUGCAGUGAGACAGUCGGCCGACCGCAACGUGCACAAGUACAUCGAGUGGUUGUUCCAGAAUCACUGGAAUGAGUUCGAAGAAUUCGGCUCAGCACAGGUUGUGUGGGACUGCCUUCGCUGGGGCGCUUCUUGA